AUGCCCAUACCAGCUGGGAAGUCUUGUGACUUCCGCGAGAGGCGGCCAGCUACGCUGAGGAUCACUGUCCCCAGGAUCACUGUCCUCCUGGAUCAUUGUGAUCCUGGAACGUAUUAUGAGAAUGAUUCCAGAUCUGCGCGCUGGACCACCACCACCAUACCUGUCCUCGAAGAUUGGGAACCUGUCUUCGAGGAUUGGGAACCUGUCUUCGAGGACUGGGAACCUGUCCUCGAAGAUUGGGAACCUGUCCUCGAAGAUUGGGAACCUGUCUUCGAGGAUUGGGAACCUGUCUUCGAUUAUUGGGAACCUGUCUUCGAGGACUGGGAACCUAUCCUCGAAGAUUGGGAACCUGUCUUCGAGGACUGGGAACCUGUCCUCGAAGAUUGGGAACCUGUCUUCGAGGAUUGGCAACCUUGGUCAAGAGCAGACAAUCCAGGAGCAGACAGUCCAGGAGCAGACAGUCCAGGAGCAGACAGUCCAGGAGCAGCCAGUCCAGGAGCAGACAGUCCAGGAGCAGACAGUCCAGAAGCAGACAGUCCAGGAGCAGACAGUCCAGGAGCAGACAGUCCAGGAGCAGACAGUCCAGGAGCAGACAGUCCAGGAGCAGCCAGUCCAGCAGCAGCCAGUCCAGCAGCAGCCAGUCCAGCAGCAGCCAGUCCAGCAGCAGACAGCUUGAGGCUGUUGACAGAUGCUGAAGAUAAUGGUCGCAGCCUUGGUGGGCAGCAAGACAAUGGUGGUAGCCUUGGUGGGCAGGAAGAUAAUGGUCGCAGCCUUGGUGGGCAGCAAGAUAAUGGUGGUAGCCUUGGUGGGCAGCAAGACAAUGGUGGUAGCGUUGGUGGGCAGCAAGAUAAUGGUGGUAGCGUUGGUGGGCAGCAAGAAAAUGGUGGUAGCGAUGGUUGGCAGGAAGAUAAUGGUGGUAGCCUUGGUGGGCAGCAAGAUAAUGGUGGUAGCCUUGGUGGGCAGCAAGAAAAUGGUGGUAGCGAUGGUUGGCAGGAAGAUAAUGGUGGUAGCCUUGGUGGGCAGCAAGAUAAUGGUGGUAGCCUUGGUGGGCAGCAAGAAAAUGGUGGUAGCGAUGGUUGGCAGGAAGAUAAUGGUGGUAGCCUUGGUGGGCAGCAAGAAAAUGGUGGUAGCGAUGGUUGGCAGGAAGAUAAUGGUGGUAGCCUUGGUGGGCAGCAAGAUAAUGGUGGUAGCCUUGGUGGGCAGCAAGAAAAUGGUGGUAGCGAUGGUUGGCAGGAAGAUAAUGGUGGUAGCCUUGGUGGGCAGCAAGAUAAUGGUCGUAGCCUUGGUGGGCUGCAAGAUAAUGGUGGUAGCCUUGGUGGGCAGCAAGAUAAUGGUCGUAGCCUUGGUGGGCAGCAAGAUAAUGGUGGUAGCCUUGGUAGGCAGCAAGAUAAUGGUGGUAGCCUUGGUGGGCAGCAAGAUAAUGGUGGUAGCCUUGGUGGGCAGCAAGAUAAUGGUGGUAGCCUUGGUGGGCAGCAAGAUAAUGGUGGUAGCCUUGGUGGGCAGCAAGAUAAUGGUGGUAGCCUUGGUGGGCAGCAAGAUAAUGGUCGUAGCCUUGGUGGGCAGCAAGAUAAUGGUGGUAGCCUUGGUAGGCAGCAAGAUAAUGAUCGUAGCCUUGGUGGGCAGCAAGAUAAUGGUGGUAGCCUUGGUGGGCAGCAAGAUAAUGGUGGUAGCCUUGGUGGGCAGCAAGAUAAUGGUCGUAGCCUUGGUGGGCAGCAAGAAAAUGGUGGUAGCGAUGGUUGGCAGGAAGAUAAUGGUGGUAGCCUUGGUGGGCAGCAAGAUAAUGGUCGUAGCCUUGGUGGGCUGCAAGAUAAUGGUGGUAGCCUUGGUGGGCAGCAAGAUAAUGGUCGUAGCCUUGGUGGGCAGCAAGAUAAUGGUGGUAGCCUUGGUAGGCAGCAAGAUAAUGAUCGUAGCCUUGGUGGGCAGCAAGAUAAUGGUGGUAGCCUUGGUGGGCAGCAAGAUAAUGGUGGUAGCCUUGGUGGGCAGCAAGAUAAUGGUGGUAGCCUUGGUGGGCAGCAAGAUAAUGGUGGUAGCCUUGGUGGGCAGCAAGAUAAUGGUGGUAGCCUUGGUGGGCAGCAAGAUAAUGGUCGUAGCCUUGGUGGGCAGCAAGAUAAUGGUCGUAGCCUUGGUGGGCAGGAAGAUAAUGGUGGUAGCCUUGGUGGGCAGGAAGAUAAUGGUGGUAGCCUUGGUGGGCAGCAAGAUAAUGGUCGUAGCCUUGGUGGGCAGCAAGAUAAUGGUCGUAGUGUUU